ACAUGAAAAAAUGAAAAAGCACCUUUGAAAAAGACGGUCCAGGUUCAAUGAACCACGACGCCAGCCUUACUUUUAGCUGUCACUUUGCUCUCCUUCACUCUCUCUCUCUUCCUGAACCUUCAAAUCUCACUCACUCACUCUGAGAGUCUCCGAACCUUCAUAUCCAUCCCAUCAAUGGCUUUUGCAUCUCCGUCUCCGUCAUCUUCUCUGCUCCAAUCGUCAAUCUCUUCGCACCAGUCCGAGGUGAAAGGUGCAGUUCCAUUGAUGCGUUUUGGAGGUUCAGAUGAUCAGUUUCUGGUUCCAUCGGCAGCUGGGAAGUGUUACCACAGGCAAUGCUCGGUGAGACCAAUUUUCGCUGAAUCUAAAGGGAACCACUCCAUUUCUCCUCUUCUUAAACCAGAAGUUCAAACCAUGGAAUCAGAAGAGUACGACGAAUUGGCCAAACAAUUGGAAAAUGCUUCACCGCUUGAAAUUAUGGAUAAGGCCCUUGAGAAAUUCGGAAAAGAGAUUGCCAUUGCUUUCAGUGGAGCUGAAGAUGUGGCCCUUAUAGAGUAUGCCAAACUAACCCGUCGACCAUUCAGGGUAUUCAGCCUGGAUACUGGAAGGCUGAACCCAGAAACAUACCAGUUUUUUGACGCUGUUGAGAAGCACUAUGGCCUCCACAUUGAAUACAUGUUCCCUGAUGCAGUGGAAGUUCAAGCGUUUGUGAGAGGAAAAGGACUGUUCUCAUUUUAUGAAGAUGGUCACCAGGAGUGCUGCAGAGUGAGGAAGGUUAGACCUUUGAGGAGGGCUCUAAAGGGCCUACGUUCAUGGAUUACUGGACAAAGAAAAGAUCAAUCUCCAGGUACAAGAGCUGAAAUCCCAAUUGUCCAGGUUGAUCCCACCUUUGAAGGAAAGGAUGGUGGAAUUGGCAGCUUGGUGAAGUGGAAUCCUUUGGCUAAUGUGGAAGGUCCUGAGAUUUGGAGGUUCCUCCGGGCUCUAAAUGUUCCCGUCAAUUCUUUGCAUUCCCAAGGUUACAUCUCUAUUGGAUGCGAACCAUGCACAAGGCCUGUGCUGCCAGGGCAGCAUGAGAGGGAGGGAAGGUGGUGGUGGGAGGAUUCUAAGGCUAAGGAAUGCGGCCUACACAAAGGAAACAUCAAGCAAGAAGAGGUGCUGCAGCUCAAUGGCAAUGGCAAUGGCAAUGGAAAUGGAAAUGGAAAUGGAAAUUGGAGUUCACUCACAAAUGGCAAUGCCACCGUUGCUGACAUCUUCCACAACCCAAACUUGGUUGCUUUGACUAGGACAGGGAUAGAGAACCUAGCUAGACUGGAAAACCGAAGAGAACCUUGGAUUGUUGUGCUUUAUGCUCCAUGGUGCCGCUUCUGCCAGGCAAUGGAAGCAUCGUACAUUGAACUAGCAGAGGAGCUUGCAGGAUCAGGGGUAAAGGUGGCAAAGUUCAGGGCUGAUGGUGAUCAGAAGGCAUAUGCACAGCAAGAGCUGCAACUUGGUAGCUUUCCGACAAUACUCUUUUUCCCGAAACAUUCAUCCAAGCCCAUCAAGUAUCCGUCUGAGAAGAGAGAUGUCAGUUCUCUGAUGGUGUUCGUGAAUGCUCUACGGUGAUAAUGCAGCUAGAAAUAAGUUAAUGGGACACUGGGAAAAUAUACGUGUUCCUGUGGGAAAUUCGCUAAGGAUAGCGCAUUUUACCAUCUGUAGCGUGGGAGAUGCACUAGAACAAGAAAUUGUACAUCUUAGUGUAGGUAAAUAAAUGUUCCUGUCUCUUGUAGCCUGAAAUUUGUGCGAGAUUGAUCUUCUCGUCAAUCUCUCCAUGUUUGCCGAAUAAAAAGAGUGCCUUUUUUCGUCUUCUUUGAUUUUAA